CACUCUCACACGCUCUCUUCACGUCUCUCUCUCUCUCUCUCUAUCUGACCUCCACCACCGUUUCAUUUAUUCAUUUCGUUUCAUUUCCCCGAACUCCAAGAAACUCUUCUUGCUCUCGCUCUCUUUCUCUCUCUUUCUUUGGCUCACUUGGAGCUUUAAUGGUGGAAAUGUGAAACUAGAGAACGGAGAGUCGUACAAUUCUGUGAGAAAUUAGGGUUUUUUUGUUUGAAUUUUAUGUUGCAAAGUUUGAGGACGGAAAAAUGCCGUUGACGAGGUAUCAGAUAAGGAAUGAGUACGGUUUGGCGGAUCCGGAGCUGUAUGCAGCUGCGGAUAAAGAUGAUCCCGAGGCUCUCUUGGAAGGAGUGGCUAUGGCUGGUCUUGUUGGUGUAUUGCGCCAGCUAGGUGACCUCGCUGAGUUUGCGGCUGAAAUAUUCCAUGACUUGCAUGAAGAAGUAAUGGUGACUGCUGCAAGAGGCCACGGUCUAGUGGUUCGUGUCCAACAGCUUGAAGCAGAGUUCCCUUCAAUUGAGAAGGCACUUCUAUCCCAAACUAAUCAUUCAUCCUUUUUCACCAAUGCAGGUGUUGAUUGGCAUCCUAAUUUGCGUUCCGAACAAAAUUUGGUUACUCGUGGAGAUUUACCUCGCUUUGUGAUGGAUUCUUAUGAAGAGUGCAGGGGUCCACCACGGUUAUUCCUUUUGGACAAGUUUGAUGUUGCUGGGGCUGGGGCAUGUUUAAAGCGUUAUACUGAUCCUUCGUUCUUUAAAGUGGAAGCAGCAUCCUCUGGAAUGGCAACAGUUGAGUAUCAAAGGGAAAAAAAGACCCGUAAAGCAAAGAAGAAAGGAUCGCGCUGGAGGAAUGGAGAAACACCAGAAGUCAUACCAGCAUCUACAAAAUUGCAUCAGUUGUUUUUGGAAGAGCGUAUUGAGAAUGGUUAUAGUGAUCCUGCACGUCUUGUGAAAUUAAAGAGAAGGCAAUUGAAUGGAUCUGCAAUUGAUUCAAAAGGUCGGAAAAGUUACAUGGAAAAGUUUGUGGAGACGCCUUCACCAGAGCAUAAAAUGGUUUGUGAAACAUCUGUUUCACCAUCACUCUUGAAGUUAACGUCUGAGAAUACAAGUGAAUCAGGGCUUAGAAUACUUGAAAUUGGUACAGUGAGUUCUGCUGAAAAGUCACCACUAAAAGAAAGUGCUUGUUCAUCACCUAAUGACCAUGAAGUUGUAUUAAAGGCCCUGAUGAAUGGUUUUAAUGAAGGGGUGGCCAGCAGAGAAAUUGUCAAGGUGCCUGAGCCACCCCUUAACGAUGAGACAGUUGACAUUCCUUCCACCGUUCAUGAUGAGGCAGUUGAGCAAUUAUUAUCCGUUAAUGAAGAAGACAAAACUGAAGGCAGUGUAAAUGGGUAUGCUUCUGAUGAUGUUACCAGUGAGGUAGACAAUUACAUGGAUGCUCUAGCUACCAUGGAGUCAGAAAUAGAAACAGACAAUGAGUAUAAACCUAAGAAUAAUUUGCAUCUUUUUAAUACUCAAAAACAUGGGACAGAUUUUGAUGCAAAUGAAGAAAAUUCAGAGCUCCAAGCUCAACUUUCAGAUUCACAGUCAGUUGGAAACUUCUCUAUGUCAGAUGAUGGGAAUAAUUCAUUCAAGAAAAACAGAUCAAGUUUUUCAUGCUCUGACACUCCAAGCAGCUUGGUUGAGAAUACACCAUCAGAUUGUGAUGGAGUGUCUAAAGUAGUCCCUUCUACUGCAACUGGAGCUGAGAUUGCAGAUGUGCCAUCCAACCAGCUCUCUGUAAUUGAUGAGUCUCUGGUGACAACUUCCAAUGAGCUUGUGGUGUCUCAUGAUACACGGAUUCAGGGAGUCCAUUGCUCUGAUGUGGAAGAUGCAUCUAGUAGUGUGCUGCUUGAGGAUUUGAAUUCAAUACCAGUACAAUUAGAUCCUGGAACCAGCUUGUCAACAGCUCCAUUGAUGGGAUCCAAAAUAGAUGAAAUGCCUACUGAACAUAUUAUGCUUGGUUCUACUUUACCCAGUACAGAUGAAAAGGGAGUAAUCCAUGUUGAUCUGCCAUCUGUUAUCCCUGAUGUUUCCUCUGCAACUAAUUAUGAUUACACAAACACUUCUGAAAGCUUUCCUCAGAAUGAAGAUGGAGAUCCAAAUGUCACUUCUGAUGCUUUACCUCAUUUUUCGAACAUUUCAGAGCUGGCUUUUGAAAACACAAGUAGAGAUAAUUCUAUGAACGGACUUUUUCAUACACAACAUGAGGAUGAAGAUUCAAAGCAAAAUUUACCAAGUGCCUCAGAGGAAGAAAAGCAGUUCUGUUCCUCUGCCUUGGCAGAAGAAGCUUGUUCUGCAAAUUUGCUAUUGACUGACAGUUUGCCUGCUUCUAGUUCUUAUUAUUCAGAUGUUGUGGAGAGUGACAAUUUGAUUUCCAAAGUGGAUGAUGCUGUUACAGCAGCUGUAGUCAACUAUGAAGUUUUACCUCCCAUGGUGGAUAGUGCACAGAGCACUGGCUCAGAAGAGACUCCUUCCGCAAUGGAUUCUUCACAGACCCAAAGCUUAAUGGGGCAACAAUUCUCAGAUUCAGGUGAAAAUGUUCAUAAUGUUCCUGUCACAGCAGAAAUGGGUGUUACAUAUUCCAAGGAGAAAUCAUAUACGGAAGAGAGUUCUAGGGUGGUGGACAGUGAGGAAAUAUGCCUAUCUACCAGCUAUAUGGAUGCAGUGGACGAAAAUCCUGUUUCUCUGGGACUACUGUCUAACCUUCCAGAUUACCCUGGCAGUGAUGGCCAUAUAAAUUCAGAUGAUGUGGUACCCGAACCAGUUAAUGGAGUAGAUCUGUCCAUGCCUUCUGUUGUUGUUGAUGAUGCUGUCGGUGAUGUCAACAAUGUUAGCUGCAUGUCUCGUGAUGCAGUUUGUUCUCCAUCAAGGGAUCUUACGGAUUUACGAGAAUCUCCUCUUGGCUCUGAGGAUCACCUUGAGAAAGAAGUGGAAUUUGAUGAGGCGGUUUGUUCUCCAUCAGGGGAUCUUACUGAUUUACGAGAGUAUCCUCUUGGCUCUGAGGAUCACCUUGAGAAAGAAGUGGAAUUUGAUGAGGCGGUUUGUUCUCCAUCAAGGGAUCUUACUGAUUUACGAGAAUCUCCUUUUGGCUCUGAGGAUCACCUUGAGAAAGAAGUGGAAUUUGAAGAGGCGGUUUCUCCAAAAUAUCUUAUGGAAUCAGAAGCACAAAAGCAAUUAGGUCAACUGGAUGUUGCUCCCACAAAUUUGGACUCGAACACAUGUAUGUCAGUGCCAUAUGACAGGUCCAGUUCUAAGAUAGUUAAUGAUGUACAUGAUUUAUCUCAGAACAGCUUGCCUGUUGGUGAUAUUGGUGCAGUCUCAACACCUUUGGAGAUGAAAGAUGAAGAGUCUGAAUCAAAAUCUCCAUCUCAAAGUAAUAUGUUAGAUUACAUGGAAGAUGCUGAGCUGUUACCUACCUGUAACCUACCAGAGUCAAAUACUGUUUUAGAAAAGUCUUUAAAGUCACAAGCUGAUCAAGCUGAUGUGGAAUGUCUGCAGUCUGAUGAUGCAAUGCUUCAUCCAGAAACUCCUUCAGAAGAAUCUCAGUUACAAUCUGAUCAGCCUGAUGUGAAAUGUCUAGUAGAUCAAGUGAAUUCUAACUCAUCAGUUCUUUCAUCUGAAGAGGUUGAAUCCUUAGAUCUCAUGGAUAAGGAAAAAUGCGAACACAGAGAAUCUCGAAUAAGCUUACAUCAAGAUUUAAAUGUUUCUUCGGAAUCUCUUCAAGAAAAAUUUCCAAGUCAGCCUUCAACAUCAGAGUUCUUACCAGAGUCAGUAGGUCAGGAAGUUGAUAAUACAAAACAAGCCUUUAAUUCAUCAGAGUCAGUUUUUCCUAGCUUUGGUUUGCUCCAUGAACCAGCUCAAGUUGAUCUGGGGGAGAUGCCACCGUUGCCACCUCUACCUCCUAUGCAAUGGAGGAUGGGAAAGUCUCAACAUACUUCCCUCAUGCCGCAAAGAUUAUCGGUGGAGCCUUAUCAUGACUUGUUUUCACCGAUACAGCCAUCAAAAGCCAAUGAGAGAGCUCAAUUUGAAGUACCAGCAUCCCAGAGUGGUUUACAGCAGCCAGAGAACCUGUUUUUGCCUCUCACAAUUGUAGAAAAUAAGAAAUCCGUAGAUAUUUCUGAGCCUUUGGCAAGUAAUCUGAUGCUGCCAACCACAUAUUCAUUGCAAUUGCCAGAAAUGGUUCAUGAUGCUAAUGGCCAAUUCAGUCACCUUGCUUAUGGGGGAACACAAUCCCUAAACCCAUUCUUAACAUUACCAGUUACAUCUAAUGAGAAGCCUGGGCAUAGUUACCUUGCUUUUGAGGGAGACAUGGUGCAGUCUGGUUCAAAUCCCUUCUUGCCAGGACCAACCACUGAGUAUAAAACUCCUACACAUGAUCAUGUAAUUUCAGAAGAAGCAAUCCAGCCUCCGAAACAGUUGGCGCUGGAAACAACUAUAGACAACAAGGUGAAUGAGCAACCAUUAGAUAGUUCAGGAGAGCAAGGGACAAAGCAUAGUUCAGAAGAGCAAGGGACAAAGCAUAGUUCAGAAGAGCAAGGGACAAGGUUUAUCACCUCUGUGCAAACUUCAACAUUGACAGAUGAGCAGUAUCAGCUCAGUUUGCCAAUGACAAAAGGAGAAACAGCAUGGUCCUCAGGUAUUUCCACUAUGGCUCUGGUGACAGACUUUGAAAACGGACAGGCAAAUGGAAGUCCAACGAACAAGCUCCCUCGUCCUAGGAAUCCCCUUAUUGAUGCUGUUAAUGCUCAUGGAAAAAGCAAGUUGAGAAAGGUAACUGAACGAGUUCGGCCUCAGAUUGGACCAAAGUUAGAUGAAAGAGAUUCAUUGCUAGAACAGAUACGAACUAAGUCUUUCAACUUGAAGCCUGCUGCGACAACGAGACCCAGCAUUCAGGGUCCUAAAACCAACUUGAAGGUUGCUGCCAUCCUGGAGAAAGCAAAUGCAAUUCGCCAGGCAUUAGCUCCCAGCGAUGAAGAUGAUGAUGAUAAUUGGAGCGACUCUUGAAGGAACUAAUUUUCAUACAGUGCCUUAUUAGCUCAGUUAUUACCCUGAAAAUGGGUGGGGAGUGCUAUCCUUCAGCACAAAGAGGAAGUCUGGUGGAUUUUUUUUUUUUCCGGCCUACACUAUUUUCAUGUAAUAUAUAUCCCUUUCACAACCCCCUCUCACCCUCCUCUUGCCCCAAAGAUGCGUUUGUUGUCAAGUGUUAUGCUGUAUCCCACGAAAAUUUGAUGUGGAGCUCAGCUGCUCUGCUUUUUACACAUGAACAACUUAAGAGGCUCAGCGUGUAAGCGCUGUGCCUAUUGAAAAUAUGUUUGUUAUAAUCAUUUAAAGAUGUUGUUGGUGGGUGUAAAUUGUGUUGGAGUGUAUAAAUUUUGAUAUGUAGUCUUACUUGCAAUGGAAAUUUUGUAAUUUUGUAUGAUUGUAAACGGCCGCUUAAUUGUGUAUUUAGUUAAUGAAUGGAUUCUUAUGCAAAGAAUCUUUUUUUU